AGGACAGCCUCUUCCACACAGUCAGGCAAUAGCCCCCUCCUCCACAAGCCACCUACAGGCAGAGAGGCCCUGGAUAUUGCACAAGCCAGCACCAGGCUACAGAAUCAUGAGCCAAGACAGCAAAGUGAAGACUACAGAAUCCAGCCCACCUGCCCCAUCCAAAACCARGAAGAAGCUGCCUGUCUUGGAUCCAUCUGGGGAUUACUACUACUGGUGGUUGAACACAAUGGUCUUCCCAGUAAUGUAUAACCUCAUCAUCAUCGUGUGCAGAGCCUGCUUUCCUGACUUGCAACAUGGUUAUCUAUUGGCCUGGUUCGUGCUGGACUACACGAGUGACCUGCUCUACCUUCUAGACAUCAUAGUGCGCUUCCACACGGGAUUCUUAGAACAGGGUAUCCUGGUGGUUGACAAGGGUAGAAUCGCGAGUCGCUAUGUCCGCACCUGGAGCUUCCUGUUGGACCUGGCUUCACUCAUCCCCACUGAUGCUGUCUACGUGCAGCUGGGCCCACACAUACCUACGCUGAGGCUCAACCGCUUUCUUCGUGUGCCUCGCCUUUUCGAGGCCUUCGACCGCACAGAGACCCGCACAGCUUACCCAAACGCCUUUCGCAUCGCCAAGUUGAUGCUUUACAUUUUUGUCGUCAUCCACUGGAACAGCUGUUUAUACUUUGCACUAUCCCGGUACCUGGGCUUUGGGCGUGACGCAUGGGUGUACCCAGACCCAGCGCGGCCUGGUUUUGAACGUCUGCGGCGCCAGUAUCUUUACAGCUUUUACUUCUCCACACUGAUCCUGACAACCGUGGGCGAUACACCACUGCCAGCCCGGGAAGAGGAGUACCUCUUCAUGGUGGGCGAUUUCCUGCUGGCCGUCAUGGGUUUCGCCACCAUCAUGGGUAGCAUGAGCUCUGUAAUCUACAACAUGAACACCGCAGAUGCAGCUUUCUACCCAGAUCACGCCCUGGUGAAGAAGUACAUGAAGCUGCACCAUGUCAACCGGCGGCUGGAGCGGCGAGUUAUAGAUUGGUACCAGCACCUGCAGAUCAACAAGAAGAUGACCAAUGAGGUAGCCAUCUUACAGCAUUUGCCUGAGCGGCUGCGAGCAGAAGUGGCUGUGUCCGUACACCUGUCUACUCUGAGCCGGGUACAGAUCUUCCAGAACUGUGAGGCCAGCUUGCUGGAGGAACUUGUGCUAAAGCUGCAACCGCAGACCUACUCACCAGGCGAAUAUGUAUGCCGCAAGGGGGACAUUGGCAGAGAGAUGUACAUCAUUCGCGAGGGUCAACUGGCUGUCGUGGCAGAUGAUGGUGUCACACAGUAUGCUGUGCUUGGUGCAGGGCUUUACUUUGGGGAGAUCAGUAUCAUCAACAUCAAAGGGAACAUGUCUGGAAACCGUCGCACAGCCAACAUUAAGAGCCUCGGUUAUUCAGACCUAUUCUGUCUCAGCAAGGAGGACCUCCGAGAGGUGUUGAGUGAGUAUCCACAAGCCCAGGCUGUCAUGGAGGAGAAGGGCCGUGAGAUCCUGCUGAAACUGAAUAAGUUGGAUGUAAAUGCUGAGGCAGCUGAGAUUGCCCUACAGGAAGCCACAGAGUCCCGGCUGAGAAACCUUGAUCAACAGCUUGAUGAUCUACAGACCAAGUUUGCUCGCCUACUGGCUGAGCUGGAAUCCAGUGCACUCAAGAUUGCUUACCGUAUUGAACGGCUGGAGUGGCAGACCAGAGAGUGGCCAAUGCCUGAGGACUUGACUGAGGCUGAUGAUGAAGGCGAGCCUGGGGAAGGAACUUCCAAGGACAGAGGGGGAAGGGCCAGCCAGGAGAGACCCUCAGGACCAGAAUGAUUCCAUCUCUGUCCCCUGGAUACCCACCUUCCAAAUGAAUUCAGAAUUGUAGGAAAGCCUGCCUGC